CUAACAAGUAAGUCUUAUUACUACAUAGUUAAUGCUGACGCGUCCCUGAAGCCCACCUUCAUCGCCAAGCCGGACAGGGGUUCCCAGGGGGAUGGCACCUACCUCAUCCGCGACCCCAGCGACCUCAGGGUUAUAGCGGGAUCACAGACAAGGCAGUCUGUGGUCCAGGAGUACAUCCACAAGCCUCGUCUUAUCGACAAGCUGAAGUUGGACAUCCGUCUCUACGAGCUGGUCAAGUCCCUGGAGCUGCUGGAGAUCUAUAUCGCUAAAGAGGGGCUGUCACGCUUCUGCACUGAACCCCAACAGGAACCCAGUCAGAAGAACCUGAGCCAUGUCCUCAUGCACCUGACCAACUACUCCCUCAGCGUCCAGACUGGGAACUUUGUCCACUCUGACAGCCUUUCAUCGGGAAACAAGCGUACCUUCUCCAGCGUGCUCUACCGCCUGGCCUCUAAAGGAGUGGACAUCAAGAAGGUGUGGUCAGACAUCAUCUCUCUGGUCAUCAAGACGGUCAUCGCUCUGGUCAAUGAGCUCAAGGUCUACUACCUGGCCAUCAUACGGCCUGUCAAACCAGGACCCACCUGCUUCCAGAUUUUGGGCUUUGACAUCCUGCUGAUGAAGAACCUGAAGCCAGUAUUACUGGAGCUCAACGCCAACCCAAGUAUGAGAAUAGAGCAUGAACAAAAGGUGUCCCCAGGGGUGUGUGAGUACAUCCCCAGCCCAGUAGAAGAGGAGGUGAAGGUGGGGGUUCAUUAG